UUCUAUAUAACGUCAGUGUCUUUCAUCUUCUCCUUCUCUAUGAUCUCUCUGCAUUGCACUAUAUAUAAGUAUCACAAAUAGUCUAAUACCAUAGCCAAAACAAACACUAACACCAUUCUAUCAUUAUUAAUUAGUACUAGCUAGCUAGUAAGUAUAGUACUAACUGGCACUAGUAAUGGGAGAUAACAAUGUUAACCUACCACCUGGUUUUCGGUUUUAUCCCACAGAUGAAGAGCUUGUAGUUCAUUUUCUUCAUCGUAAGGCAACUCUCUUACCAUGCCACCCGGACAUCAUUCCCGAUCUUGAUCUUUAUCCUCAUGAUCCAUGGGAACUUGAUGGCAAAGCUUUGGUUGAAGGUAACAAGUGGUACUUCUAUAGUAGGAGGACACAAAAUAGUAAUAGGAUUACGAGUAAUGGUUAUUGGAAGCCGAUGGGCAUUGAGGAACCGGUGAUGAAUAGCAACGGCAAGAAGGUUGGAAUCAAGAAACAUCUCGUCUUUUACGUCGGGGAAGCUCCGUCCAGCGUCAAGACUAAUUGGAUAAUGCAUGAAUAUCGUCUCUCAGAUACUGGUUCCUCUAGUAGAUCAUCCAAAAGAAGUGGGCAUCCAAAAAUGGACUAUAGUAAAUGGGUAAUAUGCCGAGUUUACGAGCGAGAUGAAGAUGAUGAAGGGACAGAGCUCUCAUUCUUGGACGAAGUUUACUUAUCAUUAGAUGAUCUUGAUGAGAUUAGUUUGCCAAAUUAAGAUCCCAUAACUUUGAUGCAAGUGGUCUGUUAUAAAGCUUAAUUUGUCCAAAUGUACAAUUCUUCAUAUUGCUAAUUGGUAAAAUGAUGUAGCUAAAAUUGCUAAAUACCAUUUGCACUACCAUUUGCUAAAUACCAUGUGCUAGUGACAUUUUGUAAUUGUUAUGUUACCCAAGAAAAUGAAGAAGAAUGUUCUUAAUCUCA